AUGGAUCGUGAACACAACGCAGAGGAAGCUGGAGAGUAUGCAGCCCACCAACCAAAACCGUGUCUUAUGUGUAAAAAGAACGGACAUAAAGUGAGAGAUUGUUACAGUUUCCAAAAUUUGGCGCUAGAGAACCGAUGGAAGACUGCCCAACAGUUGAACCUUUGUCGUCGUUGCCUGAUUCCUCAUGGUAAAUGGCCGUGUAAGGCAACUGUGUGCGGUGUAGACAACUGUGAAGCACGUCACCAUAAGCUAUUGCAUCCUGGGAAUCCUCAGCCAUACACUAAUGAACCAACGUCGUCAACGAGAGCGCAGUCAACUUCAACCCCUUCAGCAACAGUGAAUGUUCAUCGACAGCCUCAAAGCCAGGUGCUUUUUCGGAUAAUCCCCGUCUCCCUUUAUGGAAAAAAGGCGACGGUUAACACGUUGGCGUUUCUCGAUGAUGGAUCAUCGUACACGUUAAUUGAGAAGAAUUUGGCUAGCGAACUAGGCGUUGAAGGUGAAGCGGAACCUUUGUGUUUGCAGUGGACCAGCAAUAUCAAACGAACUGAAAAUGAUUCACAAAACGUUCAGUUUGAAAUCUCAGCGGCUGGGAAAAAUCGCAGACAUUUGUUGCAGUAUGUGCGAACGGUGGAAAGUUUGGAUCUCCCCGUGCAGUCUUUGGAGUAUGAUGAUCUCUCACGGAAGUUCGACUACCUAAAAGGUCUUCCUGUCGACAGCUACUCAACAGCUGCACCUCGUAUCCUUAUAGGCGUUGAUAAUGCUAAGCUAUUGCUGACAUUGAAAAAACGAGAAGGUAAAUACUGUGAGCCGGUUGCAGCAAAGACAAGGCUUGGGUGGACUAUUUACGGUAAAGCAGGACUUCCUGGCUCGCCGAAUCAUCAUCUUCUACACAUAGGUAGCCGUUCAUCCGAUCAACAACUACAUGAUACCGUGAAGGAUUUUUUCUCCACCGAAAGUGUUGGUGUAGCUCUUAUACCACAGAUUGAAGCGGAGGAGGAUCGAAGAUCGCGGGAGAUUCUGGAGAAGACAACCAUCCGUACAGUGUCUGGCCGGUUCCAAACUGGUUUGUUGUGGAAGUUUGACUACGUUGAAUUUCCAGAUAAUCGAUUCAUGGCGGUGAAGCGGCUUUUGUGCCUGGAAAGGAGUUUGUCCAAGAAACCAGAAUUAUAUGCGAAUGUCAAACAACAGAUAAUCGACUACCAAGUGAAAGGAUACGCUCACAGGCUAACGGAAGAAGAAUCAAGCGAUAGUGAUCCUAGAAAAGUCUGGUACCUACCAUUAGGAGUAGUUCAGAAUCCGAACAAACCAGGGAAAGUUCGGGUCGUGUGGGAUGCUGCCGCAAAAACCAAUGGUGUGUCAUUAAACUCAAUGCUACUCAAGGGUCCAGAUUUGCUUACAUCGUUGCCAUCCGUAUUAUUCCGAUUCCGGCAGAAAGAAGUUGCUAUCACAGGUGAUAUAAAAGAAAUGUUUCAUCAGAUUGUAAUUCGACCAGAAGACCGACAAGCUCAGCGCUUUCUUUGGCGGGAUAGUCCUGAUGAUCCGAUAAAGGAAUAUGUUAUGGACGUUGCAACGUUUGGGUCAACAUGUUCACCAUGCUCUGCCCAAUACGUGAAAAACAAGAAUGCUGAGGAAUGGAACCAAGUAUAUCCUGAUGCGGCGGAGGCUAUUAUAAAUAACACAUAUGUAGAUGACUACGCAAGCAGUUCAGACACGGUGGAAGAAACGGUUCGUUGUGCACUAGAAGUUAAGAAGAUCCAUGCAAGCGCAGGCUUCGAAAUUCGUAAUUGGCUCUCGAAUUCCAAACAAGUUCUUCAACGGGUCGGGGGAUGUAGUUCCCAAGUUACAAAAAGCUUUAUUGCAGAAAAGUCCACCGAUUCAGAACGACUUCUUGGUAUGACUUGGCUUCCAGAAAACGAUAAUCUGCCCUUUACAUUGAAGUUACGAGACGAUGUUCUUCAAUUGCUGUCGGAACAUUCAAUCCCGACAAAACGCCAAGUUUUGAGAGUCGUGAUGAGCGUAUUUGAUCCCCUUGGGCUGGUGGCAGCAUUCGUUGUACAUGGCAAGUGCUUGAUCCAGGACAUUUGGAGAUCUAACAUAGACUGGGACGAACGAAUUCCGGAUAAACUGGUCAUUCAGUGGCGGCGCUGGGUAGAGGUCCUAGAAAGCCUCAAUCGAGUGAAGAUUCCACGCUGCUAUUUUCCUGGUUAUGAUCGUCGUAGCUACGAAACCUUAGAACUUCACGUAUUUGUAGAUGCAAGUGAGGCAGCAUACGCUUGUGCAGCUUAUUUCCGUAUUAUCGAUCGAACACUGGAUCCUUAG